UUGGUUCAAGAUUUCCACUUGUGUCGUGUGAGCUCUUAUUUUUUACAGUAAUUACACAUGUUGCGCGUUUCUUUGGCCUUUUCGGGAAAAGCCAUCGUUGAUCUGGACAUGCAAGAGAUUGAAGAUAAGUCAGCUAAAAGCAUCAAACGCUGGUUGGCUGGUCCGACUGGAUUGUCAAGGUUCCGGCAAAGGCUGUUUUUGGAAGAUCACAGCGAAGUGACUGAUGAUGAUCUGCCAUUGGCUCCUCAAAACAUACGACUGGUUGCCUUAGAUUUUUGCCCGGCUGAUGUCACGCAAGACGAAGAGCUCAUGUCUGCAAGCAGUGAGGGGGACGUGACCAAAGUAGAACGUAUCCUCCAACAACCCAGAAAUCCCAAUCUGGCUGAUGCGAAUGGGAUGACGCCAAUGCACUGUGCAGCAGAGAAUGGCUGUGUAGGAUGCAUGCAUUUGCUCCUAGAAGCAGGGGCGGAGGCAGAUCCCGCAGAUUCUCAUGGAAAUGCUCCAUUGCACUCGGCUGCACUGCAAGGCUAUCUGGAAGUUGUGCGCUUGUUGCUAGAGAAUGGGGCUAAUAAAGAUAGAACUGGAAGGGACAAUGUGACAUCCUUGCAUUUGGCCGCCCUGAAUGGCCACGUUCAUGUCGUUCGCUGUUUGGUGGAGGCCGGAGCUCAAAAAGAUACAGCUGCAGUGGACAAUUUCACACCCUUGCAGCUGGCUUGUCGGAACGGCCAUGUUGAAGUUGCUCGCUACUUGCUUGAGGCUGGGGCUGCCAAGGGCAACAUCACCAGAGAAGGCUGGACACCAGCACAUUUGGCCGCCAUCAAGGGCCACGUAGAAGUCCUCCAAUUGUUGGUUGAGGCUGGGGCAGAAGUAGAUACACCCGCAACUUCCGAUGAUUGGACCCCAUUGCAUUGUGCCGCCAUGUAUGGCCGUGUUGACGUCAUCCGCUUCCUAAUCCAAGCUGGAGCGGACCCGGAAGCUACUGGGGCAGUUGAUUGUUCAGUACCAAUCAAUUUGGCCCUGAUCAGAGGCCAUAGCGAGGCAGUUCGCAUAUUGCUGGCUCCUUUGGGGAACAAGACCACCAUUGCCGGUUUCUUCCCAAUGCACGUUGCCGCUGUUCAAGGCAGCUUGGGCAUCCUUCAAACCUUGGUCGCGGCCGGAGCUGAAAUAGACAAACCAUGCUGUGAAGAUGGCUGGACAGCAUUGCAUGUGGCCGCUAACAACGGUCAGGUGGAAGCCGUUCGUUUCUUGCUUCAGGCUGGCGCAGAACCAGAUCUAACCACAAAAAGUGAUGGUUUAACAGCAUUGAAUCUGGCCGAUUUGAAGGGCUAUGCAGAAGUUGCUCAGGUGUUGAUUGAAAAUGGUGCCAGGAGAAACAAAGCCAGAAGAUGCCAGUGACCCCUUGCCGCUGGUGAAGUUUUGCAUGCACACAUAACUCUGGACGAAGCUGCGCACAUUGACAUCGGUUGCAGCCAGCCACCAAUACCAAUGAAUUUUCUGAUCGAUAUGUGUAAGUGUAAAACAUAAUAUGUGUGUGAGAGGAAAAACAAAAUAUUAUGUUACAUUGUAAAGAAUUACUGUAUACCAGUAGUGCCCGCAGAAAAUGACACAAA